AUGGCUCCAAAGAGCGACAGCAAGUACUCACGCAAAAGUUCCAAAGAAGAGAGUUCCGUAGAACAUGUUAGAAGCACGAGGGAUCCAAAGAACAGGUGCAGUUCCGAAGAACAGGGCUCCAAAGAACAGAAGCACAAGGGUUCCGAAGAACAGGUGCAAACACGAAACUCCAAAGAGCACGUGCAGCGCGUUCCAAAGAACAGAAGCACAAGGGUUCCGUAG